AUGGCCGCGCUUUGCGGCGUCCUGUUCUGGGCCAUCUGUGUGUUGCGGGUGGUGCUGGCCACCGUCCACUUCCAGGAGGAGUUUCUAGACGGAGAGCGCUGGAGGAACCGAUGGGUGCAAUCCACUAAUGACUCCCAAUUCGGGCAUUUUAGACUCUCGUCAGGGAAAUUUUACGGCCAUAAAGAAAAAGACAAAGGUCUGCAAACCACUCAAAAUGGCCGAUUCUAUGCCAUCUCUGCGCGGUUUAAACCAUUCAGCAACAAAGGGAAGACGCUGGUCGUUCAGUACACAGUGAAGCACGAGCAGAAGAUGGACUGUGGCGGCGGCUACAUUAAGAUCUUCCCUGCGGAUGUGGACCAGAAGAACCUGAGCGGGAAGUCCCUGUACUAUGUUAUGUUUGGACCUGAUAUUUGUGGAUUUGAUAUCAAGAAGGUUCAUGUUAUUUUACAUUUCAAGAAUCAGUAUCAUUCAAACAAGAAACCUAUCAGGUGUAAGGUUGAUGGCUUCACACACCUCUACACUCUGAUCUUAAGACCAGAUCUCACUUACGAAGUAAAAAUUGAUGGCCAAGUGAUUGAAUCCGGCAGCAUUGAGUAUGACUGGAACUUAACAUCACUGAAGAAGACGGAGAAGUCUUCAGCAGAAUCCAUGGACUGGGAGCAGGAGAAAGAGGACAAACUCCAGGACUGGGAGAAGCAUUUUCUGGAUGCCAGUGCCAGCAAGCCAAGCGACUGGAACAGAGAACUGGACGGAGACUGGCAGGCGCCAAUGCUUCAGAAACCUCCGUACCAGGAUGGCCUGAAAGCAGAAGGAAUAGACAAAGACGUGUGGCUCCAUCAAAAGAUGAAAAACACCCACUAUUUGACGGAGUACGAUCUUUCGGAAUUUGAGAACAUUGGUGCCAUCGGGCUGGAGCUUUGGCAGGUGAGAUCUGGAACCAUCUUCGAUAACUUCCUGAUCACAGACGACGAAGAGUAUGCUGAGAAUUUUGGCAAGGCCACCUGGGGUGAAACGAAGGGCCCGGAAAGGGAGAUGGAUGCCAUCCAGGCCAAGGAGGAAGUGAAGAAGGCCCGUGAGGAAGAUGAGGAGGACCUGCUGAUGGGCAGGUUUGAUGGGAGAGAAAAUAAUUUCAGGAGAUUUCACAAGAGGGAUGAACUUUAG